AUGUUUAAUAAAGAUAUUAGUGGUGAUAUAAUUAUAGAUAUUGUAGAUAAAGAUAUUAGUGGUGAUAUAAUUAUAGAUAUUAUAGAUAAAGAUAUUAGUGGUGAUAUAAUUAUAGAUAUUGUAGAUAAAGAUAUUAGUGGUGAUAUAAUUAUAGAUAUUAUAGAUAAAGAUAUUAGUGGUGAUAUAAUUAUAGAUAUUGUAGAUAAAGAUAUUAGUGGUGAUAUAAUUAUAGAUAUUGUAGAUAAAGAUAUUAGUGGUGAUAUAAUUAUAGAUAUUAUAGAUAAAGAUAUUAGUGGUGAUAUGAUUAUAGAUAUUAGCGAAAUUGAGAAUGGCCACUGA